AUGGCCGGCGCCCCCAGCCUACUGCGCCUGGCGCUUCUGCUGCUCGGGGCGGUGGGCAAGGCCGGCCCCCGCCCCCAGGGCGCCACGGUGUCCCUCUCGGAGACAGUGCAGAAAUGGCGAGAAUAUCGACGCCAGUGCCAGCGGUUCCUCACAGAAGCACCACCUCUGGCCACAGGCCUCUUCUGCAACCGAACCUUUGAUGACUACGCCUGCUGGCCAGAUGGGCCCCCAGGUUCCUUCGUGAAUGUCAGCUGCCCCUGGUACCUGCCCUGGGCCAGCAGUGUGCUCCAGGGCCAUGUGUACCGGUUCUGCACGGCUGAGGGUCUCUGGCUGCAGAAGGACAACUCCAGCCUGCCCUGGAGGGACCUGUCGGAGUGUGAAGAGUCCAAGCGAGGGGAGAGAAACUCCCCUGAGGAACAGCUCCUGUCUCUGUACAUUAUCUAUACCGUGGGCUACGCACUUUCCUUCUCUGCCUUGGUCAUCGCCUCAGCCAUCCUUGUUGGCUUCAGACACUUGCACUGCACCCGGAACUACAUCCACCUGAACCUGUUCGCAUCCUUCAUCCUCCGAGCCCUGUCCGUCUUCAUCAAGGAUGCUGCCCUCAAAUGGAUGUAUAGCACAGCUGCCCAACAGCACCAGUGGGAUGGACUCCUCUCGUAUCAGGACUCUCUGAGCUGCCGACUGGUGUUCCUGCUCAUGCAGUACUGCGUGGCGGCCAACUACUACUGGCUGCUGGUGGAGGGUGUGUACCUGUACACGCUGCUGGCCUUCUCAGUGUUCUCGGAGCAGCGCAUCUUCAAGCUGUACCUGAGCAUCGGCUGGGGUGUUCCUCUGCUGUUCGUUAUCCCCUGGGGCAUUGUCAAAUACCUCUAUGAGGAUGAGGGCUGCUGGACCAGGAACUCCAACAUGAACUACUGGCUCAUCAUUCGACUGCCCAUUCUCUUUGCUAUUGGGGUCAACUUUCUCAUCUUCAUCCGGGUCAUCUGUAUUGUGGUAUCCAAACUGAAGGCUAAUCUCAUGUGCAAGACUGACAUCAAAUGCAGACUUGCCAAGUCCACUCUGACGCUCAUCCCCCUCCUGGGGACGCAUGAGGUCAUCUUUGCCUUUGUGAUGGACGAACAUGCCCGAGGGACCCUCCGCUUCAUCAAGCUGUUCACAGAGCUCUCCUUCACUUCCUUCCAGGGCCUGAUGGUGGCCAUCUUGUACUGCUUUGUCAACAAUGAGGUCCAGAUGGAGUUUCGGAAGAGCUGGGAGCGCUGGAGGCUGGAGCACUUGAACAUCCAGAGGGACAGCAGCAUGAAGCCCCUCAAGUGUCCCACGAGCAGUGUAAGCAGUGGGGCCACCGUGGGCAGCAGCGUGUACGCAGCUACCUGUCAGGCCUCCUGCAGCUGA